UAAUGUGGUAAUCGGGAAAUUGGAAAAGGUACUAUUUUACGUGUCGAUUUAGAAAGUACCAAUAUCUUUCGCAAUUGUUUUUGAUUAAGUGUGUCGACAUUUAGUGGAUGACGAGCCUUAGCGGAGCAGAAAUAAUAGUAUAAAAGGGUUGGUGUGUGGAAGUAGCAGCAUUCUGUCUCCAGCACGUGAAUACAUUACCACACCAUGUCUACCUUCGCUGUUCUCCUCCUCUGCGCCCAGGCUUGCCUGAUCCAAAACGUGUGCGGUCAGUACCUGGGUAGUGGUCUAGGCGGCUGCGGCUGCGGAGCUGGUCUGGGUGGCCUCGGACUCGGCUAUGGAGCUGGUUGGAACGGACUCGGUGCCGGCUGGAAUGGACUCGACGGUGCCUACGGCGCUGGUUGUGGUUCAUACGGUGGCGAGGGCAUCGGCAACGUGGGAGUCGCCGGUGAGCUGCCCGUCGUUGGUGUCACCGCUGUCGGUGGCCGCGUGCCCAUCAUCGGUGGUGUCGAGUACGGAGGUCCCGCCUGCGCCGCUGGUGCCGUCUCUAUCUGCGGACACUGCGCCCCCACCUGUGGCUGUGGACGUGGUCUGGCUGGAUACUACUGAAACACUGUAAACUAACCAACAGUUCGAUUCUAAAUAAAAUUCUAAUCAAUGCAACGAUAUAAA